GUUCCUUUUCCUUGUCGGUAGUUUUGCUUUCCAACCGAGCGAACGGUUGCACAUACAGAUUAGUGCCAGUAACGUAUGAUCGAAGGUGGUGUGUAAAAUCAUUUCGCGUUUUUCGGAAAUAUCUUAAUUUUAGAGCCCAUUGAAAAUAAUCUGAACACUUUCGUUAAGUACCUGGCGUUUAUGUAAUUUAUUACUUGUGUUAUGAAAUAUCAUAUUAAGUCAUUUCCAUAAAAUAAACAUUCAUCGUAACUGAUGUGAAACUCCAACUACGCCCGUGCGUGACGGUUACUUUGUCUCCACAAUAAAACUGUUCCUACGGUUUCACCGGUUUGUGUGAUAGACUGGUAGUAAAAAUGAAAACUAUAAGAGAGGUUAAAAUGCAAAACAAGGAGAACCGUUCAAUAAAGUGUCGUGUCGCCAUCUUUGUUUCGGAAGUAAUUUCUUGGGAAAGCCCUGCUAGAUAUUUUUCGAGAUUUUAAUGCGAAUUAACUAAAAUGCCUCAAUAUAUUCAGGUCACAGAUGAUGAGAAUGAAGAAGCGAUUGAGAUCCCGAGUGAAGAAGACGGUACUCUUCUUCUUAGCACACUGGCAGGACAGUUUCCAAACGCUUGCGGUUUGAAAUACAGGAAUCCACAAACUGGAAAUUUCCGAGGGAUACGCCUGAGCGAUAACAAGCUCCAUCCACCAGAUAACAGCUGGAAAAAUAAUAUGUAUCUGGUAGUUUUUCCAAAAGACAAAAGAAAAGGGGACGAAGGAGCAGAUUUGAAGACAAAUCGCAAUGAAAAGAAAUGUAGUGACCUCAUAGUAUUAGGCUUACCAUGGAAGAGCUCAGAGGAUGACCUAAGGAAUUACUUCUCAAAGUUUGGUGAACUCCUGCUCGUUCAGGUUAAAAGAGAUCCUAAAACAAGCCAGUCCAAAGGCUACGGGUUCAUACGUUUUUGUAAAUAUGAAGAUCAAAUGAAAUGUAUGGCUCAGCGACACAACAUCGAUGGGAGAUGGUGUGAUGUUACUGUUCCAAAUUCUAAUGAAGGUGCACACCAAUUGAUCAACCGCAAAGUGUUCAUUGCGCGAUGUACAGAAGAUAUAACAUCAGAUGAUCUCAGGAAUUAUUUCUGUCAGUAUGGAGAAGUUGUUGACGUAUUCAUCCCAAAACCAUUCCGAUCUUUUGCGUUUGUUACAUUCUCUGAUCCUGAAGUGGCUCACAGUCUUUGCGGGGAAGAUCAUAUCGUGAAAGGUGUUAGUGUACAUGUAAGUUACGCUGCACCAAAAGGAACAGAUAGAUUUGGCGACAGGAAAGCUCAGCCAGGGGUACAGAAUGGCCCUAUUGCGCAGAGGGGAGGUAACUACACACAGCUUGUGAAUCACCAAACGUCGUGGCAACCGCACAAAAACAACCAGAUUGCUAAACCAAUGGGCUUCCCUCCAAAUAUGCCGCCACAAGAUAUGAAUGCUAUGGGCAUAAAUCUUUUCAACUCGGCCAUGAUUGCUGCAGCGCAGGCCAUGUUACAGGCUCCUGGUGGCAACUGGGCCCACAUGACCCCUCCUCCUGGCCCACCACCCCAGCAUCAUCAGCCCGUAGCCUCUGGUGAUGCAGUUGUUCCCCAGAAUGCAGGUCAUGUUUAUGCUGCACCUCAGACAAGUACGGCCUGGGGUUGGGGCGGACAUCAUGGCACUGAGCCACAACCUGGGAGCUAUGCAGGUUGGAGCGCUUCUAACAGACAACAACAGGGAUGGAGCUAAUCUAGGUGUUCAUGCAUGGGUGAAAGAAGUCUCUGAACUGAAACUACCUAAUUAGAUUCAAGUUUGCAGAAAGUCAAGAUUUAAGAAAUUUUGUCUUUAAUAUUGAUGAAACAAUUAACUGAUACACAGUCUAAAAAAGUUUCCUAUCAAUUAAGUAAGGAGUAAUCUUAAAAUUAACACAAAUUUUCUGCAAGAGAUUGUUUGAAAAAUAUUUUAUAAAACAACCACUUCCAAGAAUAGUAUGAAUGACUAGUUUGUUGGUACACAGACUAGUUGUAAACACUUGAGUAUAAUUUUCAGUUUGUUAAGAGUUUUGUUUCAGUUCAGUGAUUUACAAAUCAGGGCUCACACUGUGGAUGCAUGUAAGCCAAAUGAAUGGAUUGUUCUGUAAAAUACUGGUACAGGUUCAAAAGCCAGAUGAUAAAAAAAUUGAACAGUCAAAUACGUUUACAGUAUGAGCCCUGGUAAUGGAUGUAAAUAGAUCAAAUGCUAUGAAUUCAGCACAGCAUGGGUAGUUCAUUACCAUUUCAGUAUAGAAUUUGUUGUUGUUGUACCCUUUUAGAUAGUAGAUGCACCUGUUAUUGGGAUUUUUUUGCUGAUAUAUUGAAUUCAUAGUAUUUGUGGGUAUGUAUUGGUUAUGUACCUAGUGCGAACCAUUUAAAGCUUUUUCGUAUUAAGCAGAGUUUGUUAUAGGUAAUCUACUUUUGUCAUGUAAGGGUUUGUUACUUGGAAAAUUAAAAAAAAGACUUUAACAUUGGCUGACAGUGGCGAAACAUUUUCGUCUAGGUAUUUAUGUAGAAAGAUAAAGGUGUGUGUGUAAUCUUUCGUUUAGUAUAAUAUUUUUUACACAUACAGAUAAUAGGUGUUUCUGCACUUUGACUGAAAACUGUGCUCAUGGAAAGUUUUAACUGCUCUAAUAAGUAUAUGUUCUAUCAGGUGAAAGGGUUUCAGUCAGCUGUUUCAGACUUUUAUAAUUGUGUAGUUUUAUCAGAUACUGUGACAGACUUUUUUCUUGGUAUAAGGGAAUAGUCGCAGGUCGCAUCUCAACCAUUGGUCGAUUUCAAAUUUAAGUUCACAAACAAUUAGAUGCCAGAGUUUGUAGAAUGAUCUUCACAUUUAGGCUAUAUAAACAUCAAGACACCUGUUGCAUUGCAGAAUGCGAGACAAAACUUCAUUGGAAAUUUAACGAGUGCCCCUGCAUGACAAAGGGAGAUGUUUUAUUAAUUAGAACUUGUGUUCUAAAAUGCUAUUAUGUGCAACCACAUCAAAAUAGUCUUUCAGGAAUGAAACCUGCUGGGUGAGAGCUAAUGUGUGUCCCCUAAUGUUGUCAUCUAAUGACAAGUGUAUGUACUGUACACAGAGAUGGUAGCAUUUUUGUUAGGAUUUUGUUACAUUUUAUGUUAAAUGUGUAAUCUCUGUUCACCAUCAAAUACUAUUCUUGCUGAUAGAUGUUUGUUUGAAAUCAAUUUUAGAAAUAUAGUUAUCAGAAAAAAGUUGAACUGUAGACUAAAUAAUUUUCAUUAGGUGAUUACGUUCAGUUAUUUUACAAAAGGAUUUCACUGUUUACACGGAUUACACCACAGACCUGUUAAACACAACAUGUGGAUUUUUAAGAAGACCGAUUAUUUUCCAUAGGGGAAUGCUGUUUUGUACUAUUACGUUACAAAGAAAAAUAACACCCAUUUUAGAAACGUGAUUCAAAUAUCAUUUCCUGAGCAUUACAGUCCACAUUUACCUGUCAGCUUUUCUGGUUAGCAAGCUUUGGAUGUGAUAAAGUAUUUGUUGGUAGUAAGAAAAUGAUAAAUAGUAUGAAUCAACAGGUUAAACCAAUACCAGUAUUAUUUUUUGGAAAUAUUUGUAGAUGUAAAGUUUAAAAUACCUUUUGUGUUGGUCCUCGUCAUUUCAAAGCCUAUUUUAACCGUUAGCCUGCUGGUGGCAAGUAAUUUUGCCUUUGCCACCAACGCACACCAAGAUCAGCCUGCACAUUUGUGCAGGCUGAUCAUAGUCUGCGUUGUUUGCUAUUCAGUCAGUAAAUUUUUGCUGAACACCCCUUCGAAUAUUAAAUGGUACUGCCCAAAUUGAAUGAUAGACCAGUCUAUUUUAGAAAUUUAGCAGACUAAAGGUUAAUGUUAGAUGUUUUGUUUCCAUCUCUGUGUCCAUUCAUUGUGUGAUCAAGUUUGUUAUACUUUAUUAUCAAGUGAGAUUAGGCCAUAGCUACAAUGCUCAAGGACUUGUUUUUUGUCAAACAAUUCAGGAAUUUUCUCUGUGCCAAAUUGUUUGUGGUUUGGACGACGCUUAAGUAUGGCGAAUGUGAGGCUACCAAAGUAAAAUUACAUGUAUGUGUACAUUCUUGUGAGUUGUUUAGAGUCUUUUGGCCUGGAGAGUUGCUGGACUUCAUUUUAUGUGGUUGUGUAUGUUGUUACAUAAUGUAGAUAUGGUUUUAUUUGCGAAAGGUUGAAUUUCGUUUGUAUAAGUAAGUUGUAGUGACGUUGUUCA